CCACUCUUUGCCAAAAUGGCUGAUCUCGUUAUUGCUCACUUCAACGACGUUUACAACAUUGCCGAGCGGACGCACGAACCGUUCGGCGGCGCUGCGCGGUUUGUGACUGCGGUGCGGACGGUUGCGCAGCCGAGCGACAAGGCGCUGGUGCUGUUCUCUGGGGACGUAUUCAACCCGUCGACCAUGUCCUCGGUGACCAAGGGCAAGCACAUGCUGCCAGUGCUCAACGCGCUCGCGAUUGACUGCGCAGUGUACGGAAACCACGACGUCGACUUUGGCGAAGAGACGCUCAUCAAGCUCGCAGGCCAGUGCCCGUUCCCGUGGCUGCUGUCCAACGUCAUUGACUCAAAGACCGGCCUGGCACUCGCGCAGGGCAAGGAGACGGUCAUGCUCACUCGCAACGGAUUCAAGAUUGGCUUGAUGGGGCUGAUUGAACGAGAAUGGCUUGAUACGCUUCCUUCCGCCCCGCCGACGCUGGAGUACUCGGAUUUCGUCGAAGUCGGUCAGCGAUUGACGCGCAAGCUGCGCGACGAGGGUGCGGACAUUGUCAUUGCACUCACGCACAUGCGCGAGCCGAACGACGUGGAGCUCGCACGGCGUGUGGACGGAUUGGAUUUCGUGCUUGGCGGCCAUGACCACUUUGACGCCGUCCACCUCGUGAACGGCACGGUGGUUGUGAAGAGCGGGACAGACUUCCGAAACCUCAGCGAAAUCAAAAUGCGCAUGCGAGACAAGGCCAAAGACCCGUAUGCAUCAGAUACGCGCGACCGCAGCGAGACGGCCUUUGGCUCGCUGGUGGACAAGCCCACCACGAUUGAAGGACAUCGCAUCAGCGUCGAUGUGACUUGUUUCGAGAUCACGUCCCGCUUUGAGCCAGAGCCGACAAUGGUCGCGAUUGUUGACGAUUUGUGCAAGGACUUGACGGUCAAAAUGCAAAAGCCCGUGGGAGAAACCACUAUCGGGCUCGAUUGCCGAAUGGAGUCCAACCGCACGCGAGAGUCCAACAUUGGCAGCUUGCUGGCAGAUAUUUUGCGCUCCGAGUAUGGUGCCGACAUUGGCUUGCUCUGCGGCGGUGCCAUUCGGUCGGACGAUGUUUAUGGCCCGGGAGUCAUCACUGCAGGAAACAUUCUCGAAAUUCUGCCGUUUGAGGACUGCUGCAUGGUCGUGCGCGUGACUGGAGCCUCCCUCAUGAAGAUUUUGGAAAACGGCAUCAGCAUGGUGCCGAAAAUGGAAGGCCGUUUCCCGCAAGUGUCAGGAGUGCGCUUUGUGUACGACCCGAGCGCCAUGUCGGGCCAACGCAUUGUUUUUGCACGCGUUGGCGACGACCCGGCAACCGACCGCCCUGUCGAUCUGAACGCCAAGUACACGAUCGCAACUCGCGCCUACAUGGCCUCGGGCAAGGAUGGCUACGAGGAGCUUGCAAAGGCUGAGAUUGUUCGCGAGGAGGAGCAGGGCCACCUCCUUUCGACGCUCUUCCGCCGCUUUUUCCUCAAGCUCAAGGUGCUCAACGCCUUUGGCAACAGCCGUCGUGCGCUUCGCAGCGCUGUCAACCACUUCAAGGCGCACAUCCACCAUCCAAGCUCUGCAGAGCUGGUGGCCCCGCUGACGCCUUCGCCAACUCCCGCGGCUCAGCCCCUGCUGGCUCCUCCUGCCAGCGGCGAGCCUCCUCAGUUGAAGAAGAACCACAGCGGGCUCGAGCUUGUCGGCAAGUUCCUCAAGCUCGCCCCGACCCCUCAAGACCGGAUUCUGACGGUGGCCGAGGCCGAAGCGAAGGGCGUUUCGCUUGAGUGAACGUGUUUUUGGCUUGUUUCCCUUUUCGUUCUUUUCUUUGUUUGUUGCCUUCUUUGCUGUUGGUUUUUUUAAUGUUGGAUUUCUGUGUGUGCGUAUUUUGCUUCAAUGUUGCUUCCUCCUCGCGACGGUGACGAUGCGAUUGCUCUGUCCUGUACCUCGGCGUCGUGUUGAAAUGAGGCUUUUGCUCACUUUUCACUCAAUUUCACAAUUUCAAUUUCAG